CCUAACACACGUCCUAUCCGGUGCGUCCCGGAAGUUUCAGUACAGACUAAUCUAGUAGGCUUGACCAUUUAUACUGAGCAUUAGACUUCUGGACAUAUGAACUAAUUUAAAGGAUGUCCUCAGGUGCACUCUUUCCCAGUCUGGUUUCGGGCUCACGUAGCUCAUCCAGUAAAUACCUGGUGGAGUUUCGUGCAGGUAAAAUGACCCUGAAGGGCAGCACAGUGACUCCGGACAAGCGUAAAGGCACCGUCUACAUCCAGCAGACAGACGACUCGCUUAUCCAUUUCUGCUGGAAGGACAGAACCACUGGCAAUGUGGAUGAUGACUUGAUCAUCUUCCCUGAUGACUGUGAGUUUAAGAGGGUGAGCCAGUGCACUACUGGACGAGUGUAUGUGCUUAAAUUCAAGGCUGGGUCUAAAAGGCUGUUCUUCUGGAUGCAGGAGCCCAAAACAGACAAAGACGAGGAGUACUGUCGUAAAGUGAACGAGUAUCUGAACAACCCACCAAUGCCAGGUUCUUUGGGCAGCGGGGGCAGCAGUGGACACGAGCUCUCUGCUCUGGGAGGAGAAGGUGGCCUGCAAAAUCUCUUGGGCAACAUGAGCCAUAACCAACUCAUGCAGCUGAUUGGCCCAACAGGACUGGGUGGACUUGGUGGGCUUGGUGCUCUUGCCGGACCAGGUUUGGCCAGUCUGUUAGGAAGUGGUGGUCCAACCAGUAGCAGUUCCACCUCCAGCCAGUCAGCAGCUGCCACACCGUCCUCUGGAUCUGCUGCUCGUUUGGGCUCCACUCAGGCACCCACCACCCCACUGACACCCGUUGCGACCUCUACAGACUCUCCAACUUUGACCCCCACGACCCCAGCCUCCCAAAGCUCUUCCCUAUCAGCAGCAGUGGGGAGUCCAACACAGCCCAUCCAGCUGAGCGACCUGCAGAGCAUCUUGGCCACAAUGAACGUGCCUGCCAUGAGUGCCGAGGGACAGGGAGUGGACCUGGCGAGUGUGUUGACUCCUGAUAUUAUGGCUCCUAUUUUAAUUAAUCCUGAUAUACAGCAGAGACUCCUGCCAUAUCUGCCUUCAGGAGAGUCACUACCACAGAGUGCUGAGGAAAUUCAAAAUACACUCACCUCACCACAGUUUCAGCAGGCGAUGAGCAUGUUCAGCAGUGCACUAGCGUCUGGGCAGCUCGGUCCUCUCAUGAACCAGUUUGGACUGCCUUCAGAUGCAGUAGAUGCAGCUAACAAAGGGGAUGUGGAGGCUUUUGCUAAAGCCAUGGAGAACAGCAGCGGAAAGACGGACGAGUCGGAUGAGGCCAAAGAUAAAAAGGACGAUGAUGAGGACAUGAGUCUGGACUAGUUAAAAGUCAGUAAAUAAAAAUGUAUGUCAGAUUAUAGGUCCAGCUAGUCUCUGUUAAUGAAGUGUCCAGUUCGAAGACAUAUGCCUGUAUGUUUCAUCAGUCUGAAACAAUUAAAGACUUGACUGAAUAUUUAA